AUGGGUGCUUCUGUACUCUCCAUGUUGCUUCUACUGAAUGGUGAAAAAUGCGGUACGAGCCUUAACAAAGGUGGACGAAUAGUUGGAGGACGGAACGCCACAGAAGGGGAAUUUCCGUGGAUGGUGGCUAUCCAGGACGCAUUCGGGUCUCAUUUUUGUGGGGGAUCUAUCAUCGAACCGGACAUUGUUGUGACAGCUGCGCAUUGUCUACGAGGAAUAGUUCCAGCCAAUAUACAAGUCCAGGCUGGACUCUUGGACCUCAAUAACCCGCCCAACUACAGCCAAGUACGCAAUGUGCAAAAAUUUGCUGCUCACGAGUCGUUUGAUAUGUGGUCGAAUGAAGGAAAGCCCAACGACAUAGCACUGCUCAAGUUGGCUGAGCCUUUUGACUUUGGCGAGAGCGAGGGGCACAUCGGCGCUGUCUGUCUUCCCGCCAAGGAUCGCCCGUUGGAGGGCGACGUUGUAGUCACCGGCUGGGGACUAACAUCACAGGGUAAUAGAGGCUUGAGUUGUUACCCCUGUUUGAUUGGUGCCGAUUGAAAUAAUGCUGAGGUUAGUUUUAACUCCUCCAUUGCUAACCAUUCAUAU